CAUUGUUUGCAGUGUGUGGGUUCCGCGAGAGUCGUCGCCUCACUUUAUGACAGCGAGAACGUCAGCAAAAAUUUGUGCAGCUGUGGCACUGUCAUCGGCCGAUUCUGUGUAUUAUGUACUUAUAUUUACUCAUCGCCCGUCGUCAAAUCUAAAUACGAAAUAAGUUUUUAUUCCUCGGGACGACGGAAAAACUGGCCCUUGAGGGUUGCCCGCUUAGCACGACAUUAAUGUCAACCGGUAUACCAUGGGGAUGAACGUAAGUAGACAGAUGGACCUGGCGGAGAACGAGUAUCUGAAACGAUUUGUUGGCAAGGAUCACAUCCCGGUUUACAACGAUGAGUUCUGGAACAAUUUCCUGCAAUAUCACAUCAAUUUGCCGACUAAUAGUCAGGAGCAGUUGAGUUUGGAUUCGAGACUGGAAUCACUUUGUCAGAGUUUCAUCAGUCACAACUUAUCUACUGGAAACUUUGGAUCUCUGAUCAGCCUGUAUCUGGUGAAAGUUUCCGAGUUACUGGCUCUGUCCGAUGCAGAAAGCUCGGUGCAUAUUUGGCAGGCUUUUAAUGCUUUGUUCAUAAUUCGAUGCUUGAUUAAGUAUAUGAUCGAAACAGGUUCCGAGUAUCAGCUAUUGCAACAUUUCGAAGCAGUUCCCACCAACGAGAGUCUGCAAAAUUUGAAGCAGGAUGAUUUAGAACGAGCGGAGGUUGCUCUAAACGUCGAUCCUAAAUUGAUUGCAGACACGAAAGCAGCUGUUGCCAAAUUGGUCGAUGGAACGAAAUUUGAGACGUUUCUUGAGGCGUUGGUUAAUAUUAUUGUUGUAAUACCUGUGAAAGAAUUCACAUAUCAUCUGCACCUGGAAGCUGUGAACUGUUUGAUUGUAUUGUUGUCGGUGAGUCAGUUUUCCCAGCAUGGAACAGAUAAAUCAACAAUUUUCAGGACUAUUUACAAAUGUCAACACGCAAACACAUUGAUGAGUGCCCUGCUUCACUUCCUGAGUCGGAUGAUGCAAGUUCCAUCCACGAUGUUCGGUUUUGGCAGCGGUGGUUCGUUCGUGUUCGGAAUUGCCGAGUCGCUGUGGUCCAUCUUGACCUUUGCGCGUAAACAACCGGACGUGCUGUCUGCUCACGACUUGCCUACCGCAUUUACGGAGCACUAUCCAUUGGCUAAUCAAAGCCUCCUGCUGAUUCUGAUACUGGCAAAUCACUGCACAACGAAGGAUAAUCCGUACCGGAUCAGUUUGUUCGGUUGCUGUGAUUCGCAAGAUACUCCGAACGACGAACCGGUAACUUUCAAAAUAGACUUUUCUUCCCUGUACAACACGCUGUGCCGAAUAGUGACGAUCGAUCAGGCAACUUUGCUGCUCUAUCUGUUGCUGCAUCGAAACCAAAGAUUCUACAAGUACGUGAUGGCGCAGCAAAAUUUGCAGCAGUUGGUAAUUCCGAUCCUUCAAACUCUAUACCAUGCGCCAGACAGUACUUCGCAUCACAUUUACAUGUCAUUGAUUGUGCUGCUAAUCCUGAGUGAGGAUGAUAACUUCAAUAGGAGUGUUCAUCAAAUUAUCCUAAAAAAUAUAACCUGGUACACGGAGCGAUCCAUCAGUGAAAUAUCACUCGGAGGUUUACUCAUCCUCGUAGUAAUCCGAACGAUCCAGUACAACAUGCUCAAGAUGCGGGAUAAAUACCUGCACACCAACUGUUUGGCCGCACUCGCUAACAUGUCCGGUCAAUUCCGUUCCCUGCAUCCGUACGUGGCUCAGCGACUAGUUAGUCUUUUUGAAACACUGGCCAAGAAACAUGCUCGUCUCGAUCAGCAGCUGAAACUAUCGGCCAAUGGGAAUGCGACCAACGUUACCGUGUCCAUCGCGGAGUCUACCUCGGACGAUAUGUUACAGGAUCUGUCGGUGCUGGAAGAGGUGCUUCGAAUGGUGCUGGAAAUUCUGAACUCCUGUCUGUCCCAUCAGUUAGUUUACUGUCCGAAUCUGGUGUAUACCUUGCUGUACAAACGAAAUGUGUUCGAGGCUUUCCGGAGUCAUUCGGCGUUUCAGGACAUCAUUCAGAAUAUUGACAUGGUCGUAGGGUUUUUCUCAUCCAGGCUAGUUCGGGUGCAGGAUCAGCGGGGCGAGCUUGGUGUUAAUGAAGUGCUAGAAGUGAUAUCGAAAGGAGCUAGUCAGUGGUCUAGCGAUCGGUUGAGGAAAUUCCCAGACCUCAAAUUCAAGUACGUCGAAGAGGACGCACCGGAGGAAUUCUUCAUCCCGUACGUCUGGACGUUGGUCGGCAACGCGGGCUGUGUUCACUUUAGUUCCGAAUCAAUCAAAGGUGUAACGACGGAGAUCAGUUGUUAACCGCAUGUGCCGCCUGGUAGAUUGAACCAUCUGCCGGUUCUGACUACUUACACGGUUUUGGUAUCUUCCACGGGGCUCGAUGAUGGUCGCAUAUUGUAACUCUUAAACCAUAUGGAAAGUGUAAAGAGAGCAAUGUUAAUCCGAAAAUUCAAUCAAAAAAAUCAGUUUGUUCGAUCUGUGAAUGCGGUCAAAAACGGUUUCGCAGAUGCCGAACAAAAGUUUAGCGUUUAGAACACAGUUGUAGCAUUCCUUGGAUAACAUGAUUUGGAAUACGAUUAUUUAUUUCCUUGAAAUAUUUUUUUUGUCCAUUUCUGUGGUUAUGUUUUAUCUUACUUAACGAAAGAAGCUCAAAACUGUUGUGCAUUUCUGUACAUAGACCUGUUCCGAAAAUCGGAUGCCUGUUAGCAAGAUAGAAAAAUUAAUCUUUAUUCGCAUUUUUGUAGGCGUGACAUCUACUUUUUUGUGCAGUAACUUCGUUUCUUGUUUUUUUUAUGAAAUUGAUUAUUAGUUUCUAUAAAACAUAGAUUAUUUUCAAAGUUAUUCGAAUGUAAAAGAUAGCUUAGCAGUUUAAUCCAAAUUCGGCACAACAAAUGCUGAAUGUGAAUUGUAAAAAAUACGACAAACAAUAACAAAGAGCAGAGAGCGAAUAACAAUAUGAAACACUGUACUAAUUUCAAUCAAGGCGUUUCAAAUUAACUGACGAAAACUAAUUUCUUCA